AAACAAAAGGGAAAGCAUCUUUCCUCUCCCUUCUUUCCUCCCAUCUUCCCUAAGAAACAAACAGAAAACACUAACACUACAAGCAACUACAUUAAGCAAGAAAAUAAAAAUAAAUACAUAAACCCCACAAGCAAAAUUACAAUCUCGACGCCAUGGAUGAAUCUGACGACUACCCAAAAGAGUGCUACACCCAAGACGGCCGGAGAGUGAUGUCGUCAUCGUCAACGACGAGCGUGCACGUCACGGCGCUGGACGGCCUGGUCAACGUCAACUCACUCUUCACCAUCGCCGUCUUCGUGGGGCUCUCCCUGACAACUCCGGGACAGAGGAGCCUCGAGAACCGGACAUCCUGCGACGCCGGGAUCGACGUGGCGAAGAAGCUGCUGGUGUUCGAGGUUGUCUCCUUCAGCUUCUUCCUGUUCUCGUCGCUGGUGGCGCAGGGACUGAAGCUGGCGAUCAACCUGCUCAACAGCAAAGACGUCGACGAGGCGUUCCGGGCCCACAUCAAUCUGAAGGCGUUGAGAUUCGGGAUGUUGGGGUCCGCUUUCGGAUCGGUCAUGGGUUGUGUGUUUUUGGUGCUGUCGAUGGUGAAUGUGAUUCAGAUCAGGCUGGGGAUGCUGUCGUGUGGCAGCAAAUCCGCCGUCCAUUCCGUGGCGGCGCUUGUUGUAUUGGUCACGACGGCGCUUCUGGUCUAUAUUUCCACUGCUGUUUAUGCUUUUCUUCACUAGCUGCUGAAUCCGAUUUUAUAUUUAUGUAAGUUUCUUGUUCGAUACCAUCAAGAUUGUAUAUUUUUUAAUCUGAUUUUUGGAUGUCAAUGCAACGGUAUUUCAAGUCGAUCA